CAUACCAAAAUAUCAACAUAGACAACCACAUACAAUAAAAAAAAUCGUGUCAAAAACAACAACAACCAUAUAUGCAUAUGCACAAUGAUAUAGGUAUUAUGGUAUAUAUUUUCUUGCAUGAUCUCGUUGGUUUCUUUCUUUUUCUUUUGUUUUUUGCUAAAACUCGUUGGUUUCUUUGUACCUAUAUUUUAACGUUUUAUAAGAUAUUUGCAUUUAGAUUGUAAGGCUUAUUAUUGACCAUAAUCACACAUAUCAGUUCUCCAUAUCUACCUUAAUAUCUACUAUAAACAUUUUGUAGUGACCAGGAUGCUCCAAUUAAUUCGUAAGAGUAUUUUUCUGAGUGAAUGUGCCUUUAAAUUUUUGUAGAUGCGUUUGGACAAAAACAUACUCCCUCCGUUCCUAAAAGAUGUAUGUUCUAGAAAAAAAAUUUGUUUUAAAAAGAUACAUUUUUUAAUUUUUCAAUGUAUGAUUUUAUGAAAAAUUGUAAGUUUCAAAAAAAUUAAUGGUGUUUAUUGAAUUUCUAUUAGCUUAAAGUUAUGGAAAAUUGUUAUUCACAAAAAAUAAUGCAUAUUUAAUGAGUUUUCUUAAUAUAUGUGAAAAGUAUAGAAUAUGCAUCUUUAAAAAACAGAGGGAGUAUAUUGGAGUGAUCAUGGAUCGAGUCAACGAAUACUUGGGUUGAUUCAAGUACAUCUGGACAAAAAAUUUACCAGAAUAAUUUUUACCAAAAUAAAAGUUUCAACCUUUUUUGUUAGAACAAAUUGGUUCUUAUCUUUACUCGAGAGUACAAAAUUUUCCAUUCUUAGUAUAAAAUAUAAUUAGGGUUUGUUUAUUUUCUUUGUGUUAUCUUUUCGGUUUGGUCAAGCUUUAAUUCCCUUUAAUUAGAUUUCACUAUUUAUUUUUGUCAGACAAACCGUUGUUUGACCCUUCUGUUUUUUCCCAUUUUCAAGUAAUUAACAAACUCACAACCAACAAUUCAAUCCAAUAGAAAAUCACUUUCAAACACAUAUAAAAUCCACCUCAAUGAGAAAAAGAUUUAUCAAAUUAUAAUCAGAAAGUUGAACAACGAGUAAAAGCGCAAUAAUCACAACUACGAUUGCUCAAUUAUUCACAAUGGCUACGUCCAAAACCUUAGCGGUCAUCCUAUUCCUAACAACUCUAGUUGCGUCCAGCAACGCGGCUAAAAAAGCCACAACGCGACCACUCGCCCCGGCCAUCCUAAUCUUCGGAGACUCAUCCUUUGACACGGGAAACAACAACUACCUCCCCGAUGCCAACUUCAAGUCUAAUCAUAUCCCUUACGGAGUCGACCUCCCAGGGAAAGCAGCGAGUGGUAGAUUCUCAAAUGGAAAGCUCUAUUGCGACAUCAUAGCCUCCAAGCUUGACAUCAAAGAGUUAGUACCUCCUUUUCUACAACCUAACCUCUCCGACACAGAAAUCGUCACCGGGGUUAACUUUGCAUCCGCUGGUUCUGGCUUUGACGACCAGACUAUGCUCUUGACCAAGGCCAUCCCCGUCGCAUAUCAACCUACCAUGUUAAAAAGUUACAUAACUCGUCUCAAAGGUAUUGUAGGGGAGAAGAAAGCGAUGGAGAUCAUCAAUAGUGCGAUCGUGAUGGUUAGUGCGGGUACUAACGAUUUCAUCUUGAACUAUUAUGAUUUCCCCUCAAGGCGUCAAGAGUAUCCUAAAGUAUCUGAUUACCAGAAUUUCGUGCUUAAGGGACUAGAAAAAUUCGUCAAGGAGCUCUACAAUUUAGGGUGCCGAAAAAUGUCGGUGGGUGGGUUGCCGCCUGUGGGCUGUUUGCCGAUCCAAGUAACCUCAAAACCCGGCAGAGGCAUAUCCAGAAGAUGCAUAAAAAGUGAGAACAAAGAUGCAGUCUUGUACAAUAGAAAACUUCAAAAGCUAUUGCCUGCUAUUGAAGCUUCUCUUCCAGGAAGCAAGAUCUUAUACGCAAAUGUCUACGAUCCCAUGAUGGACAUGAUGAAGCACCCUGCUAGAUACGGGUUUAAGGAAACCAAGAUAGGGUGUUGCGGAACAGGGGGUUUAAGUGACAUGUGCAAUUCCGGUUCUAAGUUGUGUUCCAAUCACUCUGAGUAUAUGUUCUUUGACUCCAUUCACCCUUCCCUCGCCACCUACACUUACCUCGCUGGCUCUAGCUACGCUACCUUAUCGAAGCUUCUUGAUGCCUAAAGCUCUCAACUAUUAAGUAUUUCAUUGGUUAUACAGUUUAUGUGUUUGUCACAAUAAGA